GAAAUCUGAAGGUGAGGAGGAGGAAAUCUCGCGAGAGUGUCAUCCCCCCGCUGGCUCCUCCCCUUCCCGGCCUGAGCCUCCUGAAGCAAGGUGUCGCUUGGCGUCCGCUCGACGGGACCUUUUUCAUUUUUUGGUUUCCGGUCGACGCCCGCCCGCGAAUUGUAAAGGAUGAGACCACUCCAGGAGAGAAGUGGAAGCUUCUCAAGCAAAGCACCUCUUGACAAGUGUCUUCAAGCUAAGAAGGACUUGGAGACUGCGAUCGCUGGAAUAGUCAAGGCUGAACAGCAGGUUAAAGACAACUGGAGAGAGGUAAAAGCCCAGAUUCACAGUUGCAUAAGCCGUCAUCUGGAAUGUUUGCGCAGUCGUGAAGUGUGGCUGCUGGAACAGGUGGAUCUCAUUCAGCAGCUAAAGGAGGAAACCUUGCAGCAACAGGCACAGCAACUCUGUUGGCUGCUGGGACAAUUUAAUUGCCUCAUCUACCAGUUGGAGCAGCCUCACAACAGCGAUCUUGCCAAUCAGAUUUCAGUGUGCUUGGAAAGACUAGGCAGUUUAACUCUACAACCAGAAGAAACUUCCAUCCUGAACUUUGAGGCUGACGUUCCAUUUCUUCGCCAGGCCAUCACAACAUUUGGCUCCAUCAAUACCAUGCAAACCUUUGACAAAGAAGACUGUGCUCCUUACAUUUCUGUUCAGAACUGCCCUGUAACAGCCAAACCUGAACAGAAACCCUUGUAUGGUUCAUUGGGUUGUUCACUCUCGGAGUGGCUUCUUGGGAGCAAACCUGCUAGUGCCUCCUCUACACCAUAUGUUCCUAGCAACAACCAUGAGGACUGGCUGUUGAAACCACACGCACAAGAGACCAAUCAGGAUUCCACGUCUUCCAAAGUGUGUUACUUGGAGGAAGCAUGGGGGAAUCUGAAAGAUUUGGAGAAUUGGCUUCUACAAAACCAGCAACAAGAUGUUCCUGAGCACAUGGAUUCCUGCCUGCGUAAAAGUUCUACCUCCACAAUUGACUCCACCUUUUCUUUUGAAAAGUUAGAUGAAUUGGAGUUCCUAGAGCAAGAAGAGAGAGAUCUUUCUGACUGGCUACUUACUCCUCCUGAACCAGAAAACAAUAAUGCCUCAGAGGAGAAGUGGAAGCAUGUGCUUAAGCCUUUUAAGGAAGAAUACAGUCUGAAUGACUGGCUCUCCAAAGCUGAUUCCUGCAAUAAUUGUUGUGGCAGUCAGGCCAAGGGCAUAGAGAUAGAAAAUCUUGGCAACCUUAAGUGCCUUAGUGACCACCUUGAGGGGAAGAAGUUAACUACCAAUGAUGCCUGGCUUUUGCAACCCUCUUUCAAAAUAGAAGAUGUAUGUAGAGCGAAUGAGUUGUGCUCCAGCUUUUCAGAGUGUGUGUGUGAAAACAACUGUGAGAAGGAAGCUCUGUGCAAAUGGCUCCUUAGGAAAGAGGGCAAGGAUAAAAAUGGCAUGCCAGUAGGACAGACACCUAGCUCAGCCAUUGAGCCUGAGAUAGUUAAACCUGCUGUGAACAUCUGGCUCCAUUCUUCUCAGCAAGCAGUGGAGGACCCAACUUCCCUUAUAACAAAAGAGCACAACUAUGGCAUUCUAGAACCACUAAAAGAAAUGCUUGAAACCCCCUUGUCAGCCUGGUUAGCCAGAUCAGAAGUCACAGUAUUGAACACAGAAGAGAAGGCAAGCAGGGAGAAAGCAGAAAUGAGUUGUAAAAGUUCUCUUCUGGAGUUUCUUGAACCAUUCCACAUCCCUUUUAAUGUAAACAGCUGGGUGUUGUCUUCAAAAAGCACAGAAACAUCCACCCAAGCUUCACUAGAAGAUAAAUGGCUGAUACGCAAAAAGGCACAUGACUGCGGCCUUCCUACAGUUUGUGAUUUGUUUACGUGUAUGAAGCUAAAUGGAGAUAGAGAAAAGUGGCUGUACCGGACUCCCUUGCAGAUGUGAAAAGCUCGAAACCAUCUGAAAAAAAAAUCACCUUCCUGCUGAUCACUGCACCUUUGUACCGAGUAAUUUCAAUGUACUGCGUUUCUAAUUUUGUGUCUGAUGUCUGCCCCUUCCAGGCUUGGAAGUUGACUUCUAUGUAGUUGAAUUAUGGCUGCAAAGUUGACUUGCACACAUGGAAGAAAUAGUUCCCUUGUAUGCAUACCAUGGUGGGCCAUGACAUGAACUUUUCCUGAAGCCCUUGCAGUUCUGCAGUUAGAGCUUGGAAUUAUCUUCCUGACAUUUGGACUAAAGUUCAGUGACCUUAGGGGUGGGGUGGGAAGAAAGGGAAGCCAGUUUGGCAGCCAUUUUAAUGAAGAACUGCUCUCUCAUCUGUCUUUCCAACAGUUUCUGGUUGUAAAUACAUUAAAUUGGCACUUAAAACCAUGUUUGAUAUACAGUUUUUAUGAAAACUAGGUGCUCCAGAGCUGCAUACUGUGUAGUAAGUGACAGAAAGUUCAUUUUCUUUCUAACUAAAAUGGAUCAUAUGUCAAAAACAUCACUAAAGACUGCCAGUAACUCGUGUCAUUUUAUGAGACGAUAAAUGAGAUACAUGGGCUUCAGUUUAUAAAGGUGAAUGACAGAUGUUUCGUUUCUUUCAAAGCACACUGCUAAAUGCAGUGGUUUUUUAAAUCAAACAUUUAACUUUGAUUUCUUUUAACUUUAUAAGAAUUAUAGGAACUUUGCCAUGUUUAGAUUAAGUAGCUUUAAAUGUUCAGGGUUGCUUCAAUGGCGAACCUUAAUACCACUUGCCAGGUGCCAUAUGGUAGAGGUAUUCUUGAAAAGCUCUAAUCUUCAGUAAAAAUCUUAUUUUGAGUGUUCUUUACUGGAUAUAAAAACACUUUGAUUUGAAAAUUACAAACUGACGCCUUCACCAGCAAAGCAAGAGUAUUGUUGUUAUACAUCUGUCCUUCAUGCAUUCCUAAUUGCUGAAAUAGUUUGAGCCAUUUAUUGAUAUAUAUGGCUGUGUAUGCUUAACAUAUUGCUCAACUGAGUUAAAUGUGAUCAGUAAAGAUGGAGGUGCAUGUUAUUUUAAAAUCUAACUGAUAAUGGUGGUAUAUCAAACCCUUACAGUUUUCCAUUAACCUGUAUUUGUGAUGCAAAUUGAAUCUCUCAAAUAAAACUACUGCUGUGAACAAAGAAA